CGCGAUGGGCAACCCACCUCAAGGUCUGCAAGGAUACAUUGCAAAUAAUUCUAGUAGCAUGCCUCUGACUGGGGUAGAAAGUGGAAAUGAUCUCUACCUCUUGGCUAAGAAAAUGACAUUUGAACAGUAGAGGUCUUUGCCUAAUCAGUAUCCUUACUGGCCAGGGAGAGAUGCUGCAUCUAGUGUUUCUAAGUCAGAUAUUGUCUCUGACUCAUCAGGAGCACAUGCAAAACUGCUAUCAUUAAUGACUGACAACUCACUUCAGCCUCCUCACUCUCAAAGUGCUGAUUUGAUGUCAAUCCUCCAGGGCUUAUCUGACAGAUCCACUGCUGGGGUAAAUAACAAUGUUGGUGGUUGGUCAAAUUUUCCCGACCAAGGUGGAUUGGAUCCACUUCAGGAUAAGAUUGAUUUGCAGCAUUCUCAAAGUUUUCCUCCACAAGCUCCUUUUGGGAUCCAACAACAGAGGCUGCAAGCACAAAAUGCAUCCUCUUUGGUAAAUCUGCUUGGUCAAACUAAAACUCUAGAUAAUCCAUCUGGUAUUCUAACACCAGAAACAUUGAUCUCCUCUGGUUUGUCGCAAGAUUCCCAACUGCUGAAUUUGUUGCAGCAGCAGUAUUUGAUGCAGUUACAAUCUCAGGCUCAAGGGGAGCAGCAGCAGCUAUUGUGGCAACAACAGUUGCUUUCUCAGGUCUUAGCUGAGCAGCAUUCUCACCAGCGUUUUGCUGAGCCCUCUUAUGGACAGUUACACUCUGCUGCGGUGCCUAUAGGGAAUGCAUCUUUUGAUCCUACUAGACUUCAGUUAUCACAGGAUGUGCUUAAAAUUGAUUCUCAAAUAUCACUUCCAAGCACUAAAGAGGAGCAUGAUGCUGACAUCAAAAUGCCUCCACAAGAUGCUGAGGAUGUCAUCCACCCUGUUAAUUCUGAUAGGUCUAUACAUUCACCACACCUGUUUAUUGGGAAUACAAGUCAUCAGAAGAGUUGGGGAGCUACUACCUUGGAGCAAAUUAAUGAUAUUCAACAGAAGGAAUCUUUACCUUCAUCAACAAUUGUUGAAAGCUCACCCUUGUCAGGAACAACAUUCUUAUCUCCACAGGAGCCUUCUCUUCUGCAAAAUCCGGCGCUACUUUCUGAUUGUCACACCUUCAUGCCAGACCAGCAAUUGGAUAAUAUGCAGAAUGAUGAAACUGAUCCAAUUGGAACAGCAGUACUUACUUCAGAUCAUUUGGCUCUGGAGCAUCCUGUAGUUCCUGCUGCUGCACCAUCUUUGGAAACUGGCAAGAAUGAAACUAAUGUGCCUGAGAAUGUCAACAAAGAGACUGUUCAACCUGGUAUUUCUGUUGAAGAACUGGAAAUGGAAAAUGAAAGGAGCAAUGACCAGCCCUCAGUUGCAACACAAGCUAGGAGUGUUGAAGUUCGUGAGGUAAAAAAAGCUUCUGAAAAGAAAUUCAGAAAACAAAAAUCUACCAAAUCACAAAGUGCUGACCAGGCGAAGGCGGUUUCAAAAGCUUCCUCUUUGUUGGAUUCAAAGCAAUCAGAACCUCAAGGAACUGUUGGUGACACUGAUGCUGCAGGGGAAAGUUAUGGGACAUUGCCUCAAAAGACAGUAGAUAGCAAAUCUGAUAUUUCAGUCAUUGGAGCAGGGGAUUCUAGGGUCAAUGUUGAGACAACAGAGGUCGAAGAUGACUCAAGACUUUCUGGUUCUGUCUCAAUCCAGAGCACACCAGCACAACCCAUACAAAGUGCUUGGAAACCUGCUCCAGGUUUCAAGCCAAAAUCAUUACUGGAAAUUCAACAGGAGGAACAAAGGAGGGCACAAACUGAAGUGGCAAUGAUGGAGGAUGCAACAUCUAUCAACACCAUGAGUUUGUCAACUCCAUGGGCUGGGGUUGUGGCUUCUUCUGAACCCAAAGUUUCUCGAGAAAGUCAAAGAGAUUUGAUGAUUUCUGAAUUCAAUACGGGAAAACCUGAAAUCCUUGCAAAUCUAAGAAGUAAAAGGAGCCAGUUACAUGAUCUGUUGGCAGAAGAAGUUUUGGCAAAGUCUGGCGAGAGGGAUAUUGAACCUCCUAAUGUUAUGUCUAGUUUGUCCUCUCCACAGGUCAGUGCUACAAAUGCAGAAACUAUUGAGGAUGAUAACUUUAUUGAGGCUAAAGAAACAAAGAAGAGUCGGAAAAAGUCUGCAAAAGCAAAGAGUGGUGGGUCAAAAGUCUUGGUACCUGUUACUUCUGUUGAAGUGCUGGUUGGCGCUAGUCCUGUUGAGAAAGGCAAAGGUUCCCGCCUUUUACAGCAGGAGAAGGAAUUAUUGCCUUCAGUUCCAUCACGUCCUUCUUUAGGGGAUUUUGUUCUUUGGAAAGGGGGGGAUUCAGCAAAUCCUCCUUCUGCACCUGCAUGGUCUACUUACUCUAAGAAGCUUUCAAAACCUGCAUCCUUGAGAGACAUCCAAAAGGAGCAGGAGAAAAAGAAUUCUUCUAUUCAGCAACAAAAUCAAGUUUCAACUCCUCAAAAAUCCCAGCCAAGUCAGGCCACCCAUGGUGCAUCAUGGUCCAUCUCUGCAUCUUCACCAUCAAAGGUUGCUCCUCCUCUCCAGAUAAAUUCCCAUGCUUCCUCUCAAUCAAAGUAUAAAGGAGACAAUGACCUAUUCUGGGGCCCAACUGACCAGACAAAGCAAGAAACAAAAGCCGAUUUCCCACUUCUUGCGAAUGCAAGCAGGUGGGGAGCCAAAAAUACUCCUGUAAAAGGGACUGCAAGUGCAUCCCUAAGUCGUCAGAAGUCAACCAGUGGCAGAUCAGUUGAACAUUCUCUUUCAUCCUCACCUGCUCCUCAGUCUUCUAUUAAAGGGAAAAGGGACUCCUCGACCAAAUAUUCGGGUGAGUUCAAAUGCUGUGUAUUCUGUCAAGUCUUUUGGAGUUAUUUGAUUUACCAUCAUAGAGGAAUUAUCUUACCUCUUGCUUUCAACCACUUUGCAGAGGCCAAGGAUUUUAGAGAUUGGUGCAAAAAUGAGUGUGGUAGACUUAUCAGGACAAGAGGUACAAGUUUCUUGGAAUUUUGUCUGAAGCAAUCCAGAUCGGAGGCUGAGACACUCCUGGUGGAGAACCUCGGAUCAUAUGACCCUAAUCACGAGUUCAUUGAAAAGUUUCUCAACUACAAGGAACUCUUGUCAGCUGAUGUACUUGAGCUGGCCUUACAAAGUCGGAAUGAUCAAAACGCCAGGUUAGGUGCUGGAGAUGUGGUUUCUGACAACACAGGUGCUGGUGAUUAUGAGCGAGAUAUUUUGGAUGGGUCCUCAAAGGGAGGUGGUAAGAAAAAGGGAAAGAAGGGGAAGAAAGUGAGUCUAUCAUCCUUGGGAUUUAAUGUCGUGAGCAACCGCAUCAUGAUGGGGGAGAGUCAAACGGUGGACGAUUGAACUGUAAAUGCAUUUUCCCUUAAAUGUUUUGUAAAUGCUUAAGUUAGGAUUUUUUGUUCUCUGAUUUAUAGAGCCACAGCUGCAGGAGCACUAAUUGAACCCUGCUCGAGCAAUUUUGUGAUGUAACAAGUUCAUGUUUUAGAGAUUUUUUUUUUUUUUUGGGGGGGUGGGGGGGGGGUUAAUAUUUUCA